UAUUUAAAUUCACUGACUAAAAAAUCAACCGGAAGUGUGUCAUGGAGGCCGAACGAUAUCGUGGCAAAAGAGGGAGCUAAUUUUUUUGCAUAAAAAGUCCUCGUUUUUCACUCCAGAUGGAACACAUCACAACACCCAAGAUAGAGGAUGUGCGAUUGCUGGAUCGAUUUAACACUCGCAAGCCGGCGUUGGGCAACCUGUACCUGACCGCGACACAUCUCAUCUUUGUGGACCCAGCCGGCAAGAGAGAAACAUGGAUCCAGCACAUGCACAUAUCCUCAGUCGAGAAGCUGCCACUGACUACGUCCGGCUCACCGCUGCAGAUCCGCUGCAAGACGUUCCAAGCGGCCACGUUCGUUAUCCCCCGAGACAAAAGCUGCCAAGAGUUGUAUAUAUCACUGCAGAAACUUUCCAAGCCAGCAACUUUAAAUGAGGUCUACGCGUUUCACUACAAGUCGGCCAGUUUUCAGCCCGGCCUGCCACCCCACUGGGACCCGUUCGAUCUCACGGCCGACUACGCCCGCAUGGGGGUCCCCAACUCAAACUGGUGUGCCACGUCCGUCAACAAGAACUAUGAGAUUUGUGACACCUACCCCAAGAUGAUUUACGUGCCGGUCUCAGCCAGUACUCCAGUCUUGGUAGGCAGCGCCCGGUUCCGCAGCAGGGGCAGGCUACCAGUGCUGUCCUACCUCCAUAAAGGAAACAAUGCAUCGAUGUCUCGCUGCAGCCAGCCUUUGGCAGGCUUCAGUGCACGCUGUCUUGAGGACGAGCAGAUGUUACAGGCUAUCCUAAACACCAACCCUAAGAGCAAUUUCAUGUACAUUGUGGAUACGAGGCCAAAGAUUAAUGCCAUGGUCAACAAAGCCUCAGGGAAGGGCUACGAAAGCACCGAUUUCUACACCAACAUCAAGUUUAAGUUCCUAGGCAUCGAAAACAUCCACGUGAUGCGAAACAGUCUGCAAAAACUUACAGACGUGUGUGAGUUGAAGAAUCCUUCCAUGGAAGCCUUUCUCAGCGGUCUAGAGAACAGCGGCUGGCUCAGACACAUCAAGGCCAUCAUGGAUACCUCAAUCUUCAUUGCCAAGGCUCUCUCUGAUGAGGGUGUUAGUGUGUUAGUCCACUGCUCGGACGGCUGGGACCGGACCGCACAGACAUGCUCACUGGCUAGUUUAAUACUCGAUUCAUACUACAGAACCAUACAGGGCUUUCAGGUUUUAAUAGAGAAAGAGUGGCUGGCAUUUGGGCACAAGUUUCUUGACAGGUGCGGCCUGGUGUCUUACGACUCCCGCGAGUUCUCCCCGGUAUUCACCCAGUUCGUGGACUGCGCCUGGCAGCUCACGCAGCAGUUCCCCUGCGCGUUCCAGUUCAACGAGCGCUUCCUGCUGGAGCUGCACGACCACGUCUUCUCCUGCCAGUUUGGCAACUUCCUGGGCAACUGCGAGAAGGAUCGCGUGGACAACAGCAUAUCAGAGAGGACCUAUUCCCUGUGGGCCUACAUGCAGGGCCGGAUGGCUGACUACUACAACCCACUCUACAAGGCAAACUCCCCAGCCACCGGGGGUAUUCUUAGGCCGAACCUCAGCCCACAGAUGUUCAGAUUCUGGAGGGGGAUGUACAAUCGCUACGACAACGGCGUGCAUCCACGCGAGCCAAUAGCUGAUAUACUGAACGCCAUGAAGGACCACACCUCCUCACUCACUGACCACGUCCGAUUCCUAGAAAAUAAAGUUUCAAACUUGAAGGAUGUUCUGGGCAUGAGCGAGGACGAGGACGUGUCGGAUUUGUCCGACGGCAAAGCCUCCUCGUUACCCGAAAUCAACUCCCUGGAGAGCAGCUCGGAGGACAGCUCGGAGAAAGAGCUGGACACCUCCACGCCGCCCGACAACAAAACUCUGGAAAACCACCAACAGAAUCAAAGUGCAAUGAUUGACAACAACCGAGUGGGGCGGGGGAUGAUGCCCAAUUCUCCCAACAAGCCCAUCCACAUCCAGAGGGAGGACAGUGGGGACAUUCUGUCGGCUUCCCUGCUGGCCGAGGCGGUGGAGUCUGUCAGCCUGAACUGGCGCGGGUUUCGGAACAUCCGUCAGUGUGUGUGUUCGUCGCCGUUUGAUCAUUUCAGUCGGAAGUACCACUGCUGGAAGUGCGGUGAGGUAUUCUGCAUCCGUUGCAUCGACAAGCAGACCACGCUCCCCGGCCACUUCUACGAGCGGCCAGUAGCGGUCUGCCGGCCCUGCUACCGGGAACUCAAGCAGGGGUCGUCGGAGGCAGCCUCCCCCCCGAUGUCACCCCCAACGUCCCCCUCAAUGUCGACAUUCCAGCCCCGGUUGGACAACCUAAUCAACGAGAACCACAAUUGAAUCCACGCAGGGGAUUAGUUAAUAAUCUGCGGUCUGGUGUCCUGAAGUGUGUGGUAAAACAAACACAGGGAGAUGGGUUUUCAGAUGCAAGGUACCGAUCUGUCUUUGGAUUUGUAAAAUCUCUUUUCUGACUUUCACGAACUGACAGAAUUUUAUCAUUUUUGUGGAUAACCGUACGUUGACAAAUUUACAUUAACCGUAACACUCCUGGAUCCUACAAAAUCCUCCAGAAGGUUUUUGUUUUGGGGGGUGGGUUGGAUUUCACAAUGGUUAUGAAGAUUGAGACCAGCCAUGAGUGUGUUACAUAAGGCUGGAUUUCCCUUGGAAACACAAGAAUUUGCAAUGCUGUGUGUUGAAUACAAUUUGCUAGCAUCAGUCAGCAUGACAUUGUUAGCAGCACGGAAGUUAAAAUUUCGAAAUUAAUUGUGUAAAUUAAUUUGUGCAAAAUUGCAACAUGCGUCACAUGUUGAGUAAAUUUCUAGUUCAAACUGACCUUGGUAUGGCCUCUGGGCACAAGUACCCCCUCAACGAUAAUUAAGGGAGAGUUUAGGGAAGACCACUGGGAGAGACAUUCAAAUGCAUUGCCGACAACGCCUGACGCUCAGGCAAAGACGCUUUGGAUUUGUGCACAUUCAGAAUAAAAUAAGCCGUGCGCACUCUGUGUUAUACAUGCAUGAACUAGUACGUACAUGUACAGGGUUCCGUAUGGGGUAGAAAACACUAUAGAACAUUAGACCCCAUAAGGAAGCCUUUAGAAAUCUAUCUACCCCAUAA